AUCUUGGUCUAUGAUGGCCUUUUUAUUGAUUUUGACGAUUGGAUCUCUCUAUGAAUGGAAAAGGGGUGCUUCGGAUCGGGAGUAAUCACUAGUGAUAGGGCAAAAAUAGGGAGGAAGGACAAAGGAAAGAGCGAUGCCUACAUUAAAUCAAUUGAUUCGUCAUGGUAGAGAAGAAAAACGGCGCACGGACCGUACUCGAGCUUCGGAUCAAUGUCCCCAGAAGCAAGGAGUACGCCCGCGUGUUUCAACGAGAACACCGAAAAAACCAAAUUCAGCUCCACGUAAGAUAGCCAAAGUACGAUUGAGCAAUCGACAUGAUAUAUUUGCUCACAUUCCGGGCGAAGGUCAUAAUUCGCAGGAACAUUCUAUGGUCUUAAUAAGAGGAGGUAGAGUUAAAGAUUUGCCAGGUGUUAAAUCCCAUUGUAUUCGAGGAGUCAAGGAUUUGUUGGGAAUUCCGGAUCGAAGAAGAGGCAGAUCAAAAUAUGGUGCAGAAAAACCCAAAUCGAUAUGAAUGGAGGAUGCCUCUGGAACUUAUUUUUCUCGGUCA